AUGCCACUCUGUUUCACCUUCAUCGAUUUGAAGAAGGCCUUUGACUCAGUUGAGGCGGAAGCGGUCGUGGAAGCCUUGGACAACCAAGGCGUCCCUACGCAGUACAUAAAGGCACUUCGAGAGUUGUACAGUAACUUCACGACCGGAAUUUCGCCAUUCUACAAAAACAUCAUCAUUGACGUGAAGAGAGGGAUCCGACAGGAUGAUACAAUCUCACCCAAAAUAUUCACAGCCAUACUCGAGAACGCAAUGCGAAAGUUGGAAUGGGACGACAUGAGAGUGAAGGUUGAUGGUCGACAGCUACACCAUUUGCGCUUUGCUGAUGACAUCGUACUGGUAACACCUAGCAUUAGCCAAGCGGGACGAAUGCUGAACGAAUUCGACGAAACAUGUGAAUGCAUCGGUCUUCAGCUGGAUCUCCAAAAGACGAUGUUCAUGCGCAACGGAACGAACAUAUCCGAAUGCACCAGCUACGUUUAUCUGGAUCGGGAAUUGAACAUGACCCCCGAGCUGUGCAGGAGGAGACGAGCGGCUAGGGGAGCGACAAAGAGCAUCGAGGAUGUAGUGAAGAAGAUCAGGAACACCCGAAAACAGCUGGGCAUUUCGCAAGCAGGAAGAAAACGCGGUGAGCGUCACUGA